AUUUCGGAAGGUUGGUAGCUUGCCAGUUUUUGAAUUUGUCAAUAUUUUUUUAGUUCAAUAUGAUUUUUUAAAUUUGUUUCAUUUAGGUCAUAAUAUAUAAAAAAUUUACAACUAUUCGCUACUCAAGAAUUUUCUAUAAUUUCAUAUAAUUACCAUGGCUCAGAUUAAAUCCAGUUCCAGUUUGUCUGAGAAACAUCAGAAGAUGAUGGAAUUCGAAGAAAAGCAUUACCAAAAUCAACACCACCUUCCUUAUUACAAUGAUGACAUGACAACCUGCCUUUAUCAUUCUGAAUUGAACGGAGAUCCUUCACUGGUUAGAGUUAAAAGGCCCACAACAAGAAGAAAUCCUAGUGAAGUACCUCCACCCUCAAAUAAUAUUGUUAAACCAAGACCACCAUUUAACAGACAAACACCAUAUCCCAAAACGGCAAAUACGGCCAAUGCCAAAAAGUCAAAUAAUAACAUUGACCAAAAAAGUCACUCAUCAUCACGCAACAGCAGUUGCUGUUCGGUGGAUAAAAAACGAAUCAUCCCUACCAGGACGCCGAGUGGUUCUGUAAGUGCCCGAAGCGAAAGCAAAAAGAACACGCCUACUAAAAAUUCCAGACGAAGCGCAUCUCUGAGUUCCAGAAGUGACAUUCAAGUAGAAACGAACGUAAUGGAUACCAAUACUGCUUCUUCGCCAACGUCGUCUCCAAAAAAGAACGGGAGAGAUAAUCGUAGAAAUAAUAAGGUGGAAGAACACGAAUAUUUACUAUUUCUUCUAAGAGUAACUGAAGAUAUAAUAAUGAAUAAUUAUUAUGCAAAUGAAGAUAUAGAUCGCGUUUUCAGGGAACAUAUGGAUAUCAACAAAGACAGGCUCAUGAAAGAGAAGAUGGAGCAACAUCUAGCGAGACUGGCAGACGAGUUGCAUAUAAACGAUGUACAAACGAUGAAUUUCGAAACUGAAAAGUGUACACCUCUGUCAAAACCCGCUUAUACAAAUAUCCAAACACUCAAAACGUGCCAAUGCGAAUGCGCGCCCGACGUACCUCUAGACAUGUAUCUGUAUCCUACAGAGGAGUAUAACUACUACAAUCAAUCCUACAAGAACAAUUUGGAUGAAAUCAUUUAUUACAGGCACAGUUUAGGUAGAUUAACGGAAUAUACUGAACCAACAAAUUCGUCUACGACAGUGACCAAAGCGAUUUCUUCCUGUCCCACGAAAUCGAACAAUAUGCUUUUGGAAAAUGCUGAGUUGGACGAUUCCAAACUUAAAAUUUACGAUACCAGAUCCGAAGUUUUCAACAUAAAGCGAAAUGAAAGUGAAGAUAGUCUCUGCCCUUCCAAAUUCUUACGAACUGCCAUAAGCGAGAACAUUGUAUAUCAAAAUGAUAUCAAUGAAAAUGCAGGAAGCCAUUUAAACAAAGACAGGCUUUCAAACAAGGUUACGAUCAGAGAAAAAUUAUUACGAUUAAAUAAGGAUCAAAAUAUAGGCGUUAUUGAAGAAGAUAGAAAUGUCUGCGACGAAGACAAAGAUGGUGAACAAGAAAAGGUUUCGAACGUCGAUGAAAUCACUCAAAAUAUGGACAAAUUCAAAUGUUUCAAGUCUACGUCGGAAAUCUCGAAGAAAACCGAUUCCAUUACAGAUAUAAGCAUUAUAUGCGACGAUAGCAUAGAAAAAAUCAAUGAAGGAAUUAAUAAAAGUAACGUGAAUACCGAUAAAGAAGAGAGCAACCUAUGUCUCAGUGAAAGCAACUCUAAAACGUACAAAAGCGAUUUCAGCAGUGAAAGUGCGGAAAAAUACGACUUGAUAGGAAAGUUCAGGACGAAAAGAAGUAAAUCUUACCAAGAAAAGAUCACUAUUACCAAUUCGGUAACCAGACAAGAAUCUACUACGACGGAAUACAGCGGGUUCGCCACCGAAGUGAAUGCAGAGAGCAGCGACAUAAAUUCGGACAAAUUCGACGAGCCUACUGAAAAAAACACUCCGCUGACGCCAAGCAGACAUCACAAUAGAAGCAAAUUCAUCCUCGAACAAGGUAACGAAGAAAUCAGCGACAAAGAAAUCGGCGAUUUCGAUACGGGAUGCAAAAACUCUGAUUCGGAUAAAAAUAUAGCGGAAAGGGGCGAUUUUAAAUCGGAAAAAUCCGAUGUAUUCACAGAAAAGUACGAAAAUAAAGUAAUCAACGAUUGUACAACGCAAAAAGUUGACAAGUGUUCAAUCACGGAUUUCCGUUUGGAACAACUCAACGUAUCCACAGACGUGCGCAAUUGCGAAAUGCGAUUGAAUCUCGAUUUCGCUAAAGAUUCGAUCGAAAGCAUGAUCCCCAGUCCGUACUUAGAGACUUCGAAGUCCAAAGAAACUAAACUACCUCUAGAGAUGGAUUUCACCAUACACGAUUCCAAAGAAUUCAAAAGUUACACUGUGAUUCCCUCGCAACCGAGAGAAAUCGAUAAGUCUGUACAAACUUCCUGUUCGAAAUUGUGCGCAACAGAGAAACCGGAAACCCAAAAUAAAAGCGUUCAAAUGUCGUGUACGUAUUCGUCGAUAGCGUGUUGUACCGAAGACGACAACGAUGUCCAUGCCAGCAAUAGUGAUUACAUUUUAAUUACAAGUCCAGUGUAUAUAUUAAAAAGCGCGCUAAACUCCCAUACCAAAAUAAUCAUCAAAAAAGAUAAGUUUAUAGAGUCUGAACAAGAGAUCGAUCACCUAGAAGAUAUAGAAAAACGGUCAGAUAUCGAUAGCGACGCGAAAUCAAUCGAUUUGAAACUUCUAGGCUCCGACUACGAUCUAUUGCCGGAACGCGACACCACAAAUAAGCCUCACCACCUAACGGUAGACACUAGUUUGUCUCACGUGCGCAUACCAUCACUCUCUUCGAUACAGGAGGACAGAUUGCUUUUGGGCAAUCUUUACGAAUUGCACGACGAUUCGAGCCGAGACAAUUUAGAACUCGGAUCCGCUACGUACAGGUGCAUAGAUACUGCCAAAGCGUUGAGCUGUGAUGACGAUAUUUUUUUACGGAAUUCCGAAGUUAAAGUGAAUCAAAAUUGGUUGUCCGAUAAGGGCGAAAUGCCGAGACCCUCUCAGAAGAAACGAGUUAAUAAAUUGAAACAUGUUCGAGCAAGUGUAAAUGUUAGUAACAGUACGUCGUCCGCAUCGUUGACUUGUUAAAUUAAUAAAAAGUACAAACUAGCA